AUGGCAGUCAGCUACAAGGUCAUGCUACGCUGGUUUUCUGUCAAUCUGUCUGGGAAGCAGCAGUUCGCACUGAGAAAAGGUCAAUUCGAUCAUGUCAUGGAAGGCAGAGGAGAGCGUAAAUGGGAGGGGCCACGGUCGACACUGCACACACACCUGCUCUAAUUCUGCUCUGACUGACUGCUCACUGCGAGGACAUUCUGGGCCAUUUGGCCGGCGGCUCGGUGACAUUCUGAACCUGUGAGAAUGUUCAGUAUGAUCACCUCACCUGUGAUGUAAUACGUUCACUGCAGUGGAGGCUGCUGAGGGCUCAUAAUAAUGGAGCAAAUGGAAUGGCAUCACCUGGAAACCAUAUGUUUGAUGUAUUUGAGACCAUUCCACUGAUUCCGCUUCGGUCAUUACCACGAGCCCGUUCUCCCCAAUGAAGGUGCCACCAACCUCCUGGGGUUCAUUGUGCAUUACUUGGAAAAUGCGGUUUAGUUUCAUGGACUAGGCUUGUAAUGCGCAUGUCAGGAUCCCAAGGUCAAUGUUGAGUGUAAUUUAAGUGUUAUGUCACACACGCCUAACAGUAGAUUAUCUGUCAUCUCUUUCUCUCUAAAUAUACAGGUAACUGCCAAAAUAAAGAAAACACUUGAGUAAAUGAGGGAUACAAAGUAUAUUGAAAGCAGGUGCUUCCGCACAGGUGUGGUUUCUGAGUUAAUUAAGCCAUCAUGCUUAGGGUCAUAUAUAAAAAUGCCCAGUUGCCCAUUAUUUUGGCUACCAUGUCUAGAAGAAGAGAUCGCAGUGACUUUGAAAGAGGGGUCUCAAAGGAGCAUAGGGGGUUUAAAGGGUGUGUGUGUGUCUCUGUGUGUGUGUCUCAGUCACCGGAAUUUCUCGUGAAAGAAUGGUGUCACAUCCCUCCAAUAGAGUUCCAGACACUUGUAGAAUCUAUGCCAAGGCGCAUUGAAGCUGUUCUGGCAGCUCGUGGUGACCCAACAACCUAUUAAGACACUUUAUGCUGUCUUAGUUGGUAGAGCAUGGCGCUUGCAACGCCAGGGUUGUGGGUUCGAUUCCCACGGGGGCCAGUAUGAAAAUGUAUGCACUCACUAACUGUAAGUCGCUCUGGAUAAGAGCAUCUGCUAAAUGACUAAAAUGUAAAUGUGUUUCCUUUAUUUUGGCGAUCUCAGCCAUUAUAUACAGUCUUUCUAUCUCCUUCUCGCUUUAGGGUCAAUCCAUUUGAAUCAUUGAAUCAUUUGAAUCAUAGAAAUAUAAUUCAUAGAACGGACCUAUCGCUUCAGACCACUGCAAUGUAGCUGGUACACUAUUGAAAUUGAAUUGACAUUUUUACUUCUAAUUACUACCACAAAGAUGGCCGCCGGUCCACCCACCGUUGAAUGUCAACUUAAAUGGUCACGUCUAUUCUAUGAUCUAUAUUUCUAUGAUUGCAAUAGGUUUCCUAUGGAGGGUUGAUAAUAUAAUUUAAAACAACAGAUAUUCCCAUUCAAGUCAACAUUCUCUGAUGUGUGGACUCCAACCAUCUUUGUGGUACCAUUCGAAAGUUGAAAUGUAAAUGUUAUUCCCAUUUUAGUACAUUUAUCAGCCAAAACAUGACACCCACCCUGUAUUCAAGAGCAUGUUGUGUCUCAACCGUUGGUGGGCACAACAUAAAAACCUCAGAGGAUGUAAAAUAGGAUCUAAGCUACAGCAUAUGUGAACAUAUGCGUUUUUAGAUCAUUGAUGUUUAAGGUAAAAAAAAGACAUUCUUCUUCAAGAAAUUAUAAAAUAGUUUGACAACUCUGUUUGUAAGCUUUUAAAUGACAUCAAUCUCAACCGUUUAUCUUUUCCAGUGAUGAAGACACGGACGUCACAUGGUAUGGUAUGCAAAAUGGGUCAACUUUGAGCACCUUUAAAAGAGGAUAAACCAUAUUUUCAAUAGCGUGCGCCUUGUUCCAUGGUGAAGUCGUCACAUGCUCUCUCUCUGUACAGUAUCUGAGCCGCCAGGCCCUAGAUGCUACCUCUUGAGGGAAAUGCGAACUCAAACACAACCUCACCACCUUGCUAUGCCCUCAGUCAGUCAGUACCCAGCUAAGGACAAGACAACGCCUACCAAUGCAGAGCCCUGGGGGAAAUACUCAGACUCCUCUUUCCCACACUAUACCAGGGGGGAGUGGCACGCCACAUGGGUGAGCCAUGGGUAAGCUUGGACCCGGGGCUCAUGACACUACCCCCCCUCCCCUCCCACGGUGGCCCCCAGGAAGUUGGCUCUCCUCUCAUCAAUCCUCCCAUUAUGAGCAGGGCCUGUCUGCUGAGGAUGGCUCAGAAGGUCAUCAGAUGGGAGUCAAGCAGAGGGCCAGGACCGGGGCUGAGCUGAGGGGCUUGUGCCGGGGGGGGGGGGGGGGGGGGGGUAUGCGUCGCUGUAGUUGUCUGAUUUAGGUACAUUGAUAGGUUUAAUGUGGGAGAGGGGUGAGGAGGGGGGAAUCAAUGGCGUCUCUGUCAUUGGGUAUUAUGAGAUGAGAGGCGCGAGGUCCCACAAGGUUGAGCAUGAGAAUGGCUCAUGCUUGACGUCAAGACUGAUAUCAUUCUCUAGUCCAGUUGAGAUAACUAGCUGCAGGGUGUUUCAUUUUUUCCACGCUGUCACAACCUACAAUAUGUCAAAAAUUCUCAGCAGAGAUAUUAAAAAUAAAAGUACAUGAAUAUUUGCAGAUAUUCAAAAAAGUGAGCUAUAUAAAGCCUUUCACAUAAAAAAAACCACCCAAUAUCAAAUCCACCCAUCAAUAUUCAUCAGAUUAGCCACCCACACUUCUGUAAUGAAACCCAUCUCAGAGAACAGAGCCCUCAGUGGAGUAGCAAAGUGACUGUGAUGUCAUAUGAGACUCAGUGCUCUCACAGGUUGGAAGCUCAUUACCAUUCCGGAAUGAGAGAGACAUUCUGCUAAACAGAGUUCAAAUUGACAACCCAGCUGACACUUGUACUUCCUGUGUUCCUUCAAAGGCAACGCGACUUGUGACUCUUUAGUCAGUGUGAUCGUAAGCCCCCUGUUCGUUCUGUUGGUUCUCACCUCUCUCAGGUGGAAUCAAAGGUAAUGUUAUUAUGCAGAUGACAGUCCUCCUACCUGAGGUGGCAGGCGGAGACAAUUAUACUUCCCCGGAAUUCUCCACGGAAUGUCGCUCGCUUCCAGACUCGGCUUCCCUUCCUCCCUCACUCCUCCUCAGCCCACCAGGUGCUUGUCACUUGUUUCCUGAAUUUUGCAUGCGGAUGGAGGCAUUUGCAUGAUCAAGAUUCCGUGUCGUUUCUCCACCUCUGUGCUGAUUUGAUUUGAUUCACUGUUCUCUGUGGAGAGAGGAGGGAAGAGAACAGCAUGCUCAUUGGGACUGUCACAGUGUAAAGCCUACUCAUUUUAUGGGCUGGCUCAUCACAUUAGAACACUGGCGGCAAUUAGGGCUGAGGGGCCUCAAAGACACUAGACUCACAAGACAAGAGUCCAUUUAACAUCUUUAACAUAAUGUACUUCUGACUUCUGUAUCACUGCAUAUGCUAUGGGAGGGAUUUUCUUCAUGCUCCAUCGAUUUACAGUGGCAAUGUAUUGCACUUAAUUAACGGCAAGCCUGAAAAUAACACAUAACUCCUGUGUAAUUAAUCUUGGCACCCAAAACCACGUGCUACCUUUAUGAAACGGUCUGUCACGAGACACUAGUCUGUAAUUGAUAGGACAGGAGGAGGACAAUAUAAAGAGACUGUAUACUGGAUGUGUCUGUCUCAUAAAUGUAUCUCCAGGCAACCAAUACUUCAGGAUGACUCAGAGGCAGUAUAUUGCACUCAGAGAGAACUGGGCACACACACACACACACACACUGCACAUGGGAACACCUGUUUUUCUCUGAAUAAUGAUCUUAAAUAAAAUGAUAUAACCUGUCACACAUCUUCAAACGGUGUGAUGAAAGAAGAACAGGAGACAAAUCAAAAGAUGACAAGAGUUUGAGUAAAGUCAGUCAGGACUUGAAGAAAAUGAUUAUUUUUUAAAUUAAAAUGCAGGAAGCACACAUCUGUGGUGAGAUGAAGGGGUCUGGCUGAGAGCUGCAUUUUAUGUGCCUAAAAUGUUCCUCAGAUCUAGAUGAAUCCGUCAUUAAGAAGACAGACAACAAACACUUAAAAGGGGAGACACACACUGCUCCAGACAUCCUCAGACACACUGUCAAAACAUGGUGGAACAUGUUGCAGUAAUGUAACCUCUUUUGGAAACGAUGAUGGCCAAACAACAUGCACGGAAAUGAUGGAAAGGGGAUAUGUGUGAAUAGAGGGGAAAUCUCUAUAUUUUGUCCUUAUCUGAACAAAGGGCUUUUGCCAAAAACAUUGGAUCAUGUUUUCUUGAUGUGAGGUAUUAUAUCAUAUAAAAUAAGCCUAUACUUAUCAAUAAAAGGACAUUACUCCUUUUACACAGGAUGUUGUAUUUGUUGUUUAAUCAUAUUUACUUUGGGUAUUCGUGGAUGAUAUAGGCUGCGUUUAGACAGGCAGCCCAAUUCUGAUAUUUUUGUCACUAAUUGGUCUAUUGACCAAUCAGAUCAGCUCUGAAAUAUAGCUGAUGUGAAAAGAUCUGAUGUGAUUGGUCAAAAGACCAAUUAGUGGAAAAAAAGAUCAGACUUGGGCUGCCUGUGUGAACGCAGCCAUAGAGGGGCAAUUUACUUCUAACCAUGCACCUGAUAUCUGGACUUAAUGGGCCUGAAUUAGUCAUAAAUCCAAUCACUGACCGGGACCCCAUAGAAAGUCACUGGUGAUAUUUUGUCUUCCUCUGUAAUGAUAUGAAGUGGGGAACAAACCCCUUUUCCAGUGAUGCAGAUACAGAAUCAGGCUCCUAAAUGGAUGAUUGGUCACCCGUCUCCAUUAAACAAGGAGCUUUGUUGGGAAGCAGGCAGGCAGAGGAGAAGAGAAAAGCUGAUUCAUACAGUAUAAAUGCCAUGUGUCUGUCAUGUGUCUAACAGGACAGAUGUUGCGCAGUACGCGCCAGUCUACUGCCUCUGAAAUCGCUCCACAAAUGAGGAUCCUAAUGAGAGGCACUGCUUGUGGGUCAAGGAACAGCCUAAUCGCGCUAAGUCAAUUUACUUAUUUUUUCUUUCUCUGUCUUUUCUUUUUCUCAGCGGGCAGGCAGGAGGACCAGACAGAGAGAGCAGAUGAACCAACAUUUGUGUGAUGGACAACAGAGUUGCCAGUCCUCAUAUUUCUUCAUUGUAAUCUCUCUCAUCCUUUUUCAUGCCUGGCCACUCAUUACAGUGUAUGCAUGCAAGCAUGAGUCCAUCCAUAGGCUGCAAUCUGGAGGUUGCUGCAUCUCCAGCAAAACAGCACAUUUUCCCAUACCAAGAAUGUUAAACAUUCGUACUAACUGCAAAUGAUAAACCAUUAUCAAACUAAAAAGUAGGGCAAGUGGUAAGUAAUUAACUGUAAGAGGAAGACCAAGAGUAGGCUACAUUGAUAGUGGGGUCUGUGGCUGUAUGCAUGCAUUUCCCCUUAACACACCAAUUACAGUAUGAAUACAGUAUGAUUUAUUAAAGUACAUAUUAAUCAAAAAAAAUCUGGUAUUUUACAAGAUGUUUUUCCAUUUCAAACAAUUGGUGCGCUGCUUUCAGUUAAUUCCCCAUACGUCGGCGUGUCGUAAAAACUGACGUAUAGGGAAGUACGCUGACGUAUGGGGAAGUAAAAAACAGGAAACAGCGCGCUUGUUUGAAAUGGAAAAGCGUCUCGGUAGCUAUUGACAACUGUGUGAUUCACUCAAAGUUUGCAUUUCGUCUUGCUAUACUUUGUAGACAGCAAUACAUACCUUAUAUGCACGGAUAAAUAAACAGUUGUCCUUUAGGAGACGUUUGCUUACCGACCUCGAUGAUGCUGUUCAAUCGCAUGGACUUUUGACAUGUAACGUUAUCGUUCAAUUUAUCCAGCUAGCUAGCUAUCUUAGCUCUUCCGGAUUUGCUUUGUAACGUUAGCUACUCUCUCCGACCGAGAAAGUUGUCAACACCCAAGGUAAUGUUUGCAAUUUGUUUGUUUACUUGCCGCUGACUGGCUAACUAAACAGAACAUCUGUUGCAGUGCACGAUCGUGGUUCACUGCUUGAGUUCACAUUCAGUUCCAGCUAGUUAGCUAACGGGAAAACCAGCUAGUCUCUAUGGUCUCUCCAAAGUUACUUCUCCCUUUUGUCCUUUGUUGAAGUGAAGCUAGGCUACAUACUAAAAUGUCGUCCUGGUGCAGGACCAUAUGAAUAUGUAGCUAGUUAGCUUUGCUUGCUAGGUAAUGUGAUAUGACACGACCACCUACCUGAACAUCAUUACAGGCACUAGUCUCGAGGACAAUUAGUAACACCUGUCACUAGAGCUCUAACGUUAUUUCCAAAUCAAUAUUGCAGCAAGAGCAUUGAUAACUACGGGCUCUAUAUUACUAUACAGUCUAAUCUAAUGUAUAUCUAUAUAGUGUUGUCUAUGUAGCUAGCUGUCUACUGUAACGCUGAAGCUUACUGUAUAUUGAUGAGAAAAUGUAUACUGCCUCCAUAAUUUUCUUUCUUUGUCUCUUUUCCAGCUCCAUAAUGGCUACUAGAGACAGCAGUCGCAUCAUGCUACUGGAGGAAGAAGUGAGGAGUUUAACUGAGGAGUUAGUGCAAUGCCAGGUGACUGUGCUGGAUGGUAUUGUUUAUUUAGUCAACAGUUGAAUCUAGCUAUGUUGUUGCCAACAUUUUCUGUGUUGUUUAACAGAAAUCAGUUUAUCUUAACUUGCAUUAGAAACGGUUCACUUGUGAAGCAAGUAGUUAAGUGCUGACAAAUACACACUGCAAGGCACUAAUAAACAUAGGAAAAUAUUGAUAGACACAACUAUAUUUGUAUUUAUUAUGGAUCCCCAUUAUCUGCUGCCAAGGCAGCAGCUACUCUUCCUGGGGUCCAGCAAAAUUAAGGCAGUUCAUACAAUUUUAAAAACAUUACAAUACAUUCACAGAUUUCAUAUGACAUUUAGCAGAUGCUUUUAUCCAAAGCGAUUUACAGUCAUGUGUGCAUACAUUAUUUUUACGUAUGGGUGGGCCAGGGAAUCGAACCCACAACCCUGGUGGUGCAACUGCCAUGCUCUACCAACUGAGCCAUACAGGAACCAGAGAGAGAUGAUUUAACAGAUUAUUUACUACCCUUUUCCUGGCUACUGCACAUUCCCUGCAACAUAGGCUAUGACUAUUUAAUAUUUGGGUCAUAGGCUAAUCUGUGAGUUUCAGCAUUUAGAACGUUGCAGAUAGAAACUGAUUUGUAGAACUGAACUCCCAGUUAAUCACAAACACAUUUAGCUCUACACGUUAUAUUUCUAUCUAGAACAUACUGUAACGUUGCAUCCUCCUGAACAAGCCACAGUCUCUCUCUGAUGCUGUGAUGGAGAGAUGCUGUCAUGUCCUUACAGGCUCGCCACCAGGUGGUGCCUAAAAACAUAAAUGGUGGACUUACCUGGAAUCAGCAUCUCACUUUGCAUAUUCACACUCACACAUAAUGGGAAGCUCACCUCUGUGAGUGUGUAUAUGGGCGAAUAUAUUGACAAAUAUUUCAGUCUACAGUAUACAAGGCUCUGUCUUUUGAGUCCAGCAUAGAUAUUGCCUGUUUACAGUAGUUUUAUUUAUUUUUAUAUUUGAGACUAUUUGUGUCCUGAUAAUCCCAACAUGUAUUGAAGGGAGUAUCACUCAGUUCAAGGUUCAGUAUAAAGCACUGAGCAGCAUAUGUAUGGCCUGUCUGUCAGACAUGAUCCAGACCCAAGUCACUCACAGCCUCCUUUACAUCAACCAGUUACUGUAUGUAUUGAACUGACAUCAAUCAGUUCUCCUCGGUGGUCUGGUCUGGGGAGAGAGAGAGCAUCAAUGAUUCUGUCUGUCUCUUAGUGACUGUUAGAAAGUGUUAGUUGUACCGUGUACCAUUCAAAUCGUGGCAUUUGAAAUGCCAUUCAUGUCUAAAGUCUCUAGCACAGCGUUCUCAGGACCGCCAUUAACUACAAAGUGGCCCGUCUUGUCGGACAGAAAAUGUUCCUACUUGACCAUGCUAAUUGUAUUAAUAUGUGGCUGCAUUCCAGGCCCACUUAGUAUGUUUAGCCCAUGGUCUUUCAAGGUCUGCAAUUACAAUGAAUAAUUCAGUGAUCAUCAAAAACAUAUUCGAUACAUCUUUAAUACUGUGGAGAAGCCCUUGAUAUGGGUGGUGAGGGUCCUGGCGAGGAGUCUGAGUGUAAGCAUGUAAGGGCUAAUGGCAGCCAUAGGCCAGGAGAAGAGAGACCACCUAUUGGAUGUGAAGCCCCGUUUCUUAAUUCGUCAUUAACGGCAGUGCUGGACCAGGAUUGGUGAGAUCUCUAUUCAUCCAAUAAGGAUCUACUCUGCUCUCUCCACUUUGUAUGUUCAGCCCAUGGUCUACCAAGGUUUGCCUCUGCCAUUUAGUAAAUAAUUGAUUAGACACUUUUGAAUGGGGGUUUAAAAUUCAUGUACUAAUUGGAGACCAGUAGAUUCCAGUGGGAGUGAUGACUUUUCAUCUUAUGAUGAUGUGAACAUAAUUUAACAGAUGAUUUUAUAUUAAGUCGAUUUGGCAUAAUUCUGUCUUUUAGUGUGCCGAAAAUGUCGUUUUUUAGAAAAAAUAAAACAUUGAACGCUAUUUUUUGGGCGGCGAGUCAAUUUGAAUUGGAAAUGUGUCAGGGGCUGAGGAUCUCAACUCUCUGCGCCUUAGAGGAGUCUCUCUGUCAUCAGUUUAGAGUUUCUCCUCCACAAGUUACUUUAAAGAUGCAGAGAAAAACAUCCAGAAUCAGAUGCACUUUAUUAAUAAGGGAUAUGCUGCUUUAACGGCUGUUUUUGAUUUGAUCUCCAACUCCCCAGUCAUGAAUUGUGCAUUAUGACAAGUGUCAAUGUAGCCUCCCCUUGAGCCGAAGGUCACACUCCAGUAAUGAUUAGAGAAGGCACACCACAUCUAAAGUAUUAUUUUGUACAAGCCAUUUUAAUUAUUGAUUGGGUUGGUCCCACCCCCAUAUAUGCUAAUGUCAUCGAGCAUCUCAUUGAAUUAUUUGUAUUUCAUUUAGAAUUGCUAUAACAUCGCCUCCCACUAAUUGCGUUUUAAGAUGUGAGAAAUUGUGUUAUUAUUUCGGGAAAGGAUGUGGAAAAAUAGGAAAGGAAAUGCAAUAUUUCUGUGUUGUUGUGUGUAUACGUGGUUCAUUAAGACUACCACAUGCCACAUUUUUUGCAUAAUAAUAAGAUUUGAGUAUAAUCAUUCAUAACCAUGAAAUUGUUUGUUCUUUUCACAGGCCGACAAGGAGUUUGUGUGGUCCCUAUGGAAACGCCUCCAAGUGGCCAAUCCGGACCUGACCCAGGCCGUCAGUCUAGUGGUGGAACGGUGAGUUAGUAAUUGAAACUGCUCCGAAAUGUCACGGCUCCCUCUCACCCAUACUUGAUAUCUCUCAAAGCAUGGCCUGUAACUAAUCUCCAUACCACUACCUGUGAAGAAAUGUUCAGUGGGCGUAAGAUCUCCCAGAAAUCCCAUCUCCAAAGUGAAACAGAAGGAGGUAGGGAAGUACGUCUGCUGGAAGUUAUCCAAGGUUGUGUGUGUGUGAGGCACCUUGGCCAUUCUGCUGGGGUUACCGCUGAAUAGUGCAGAUGCUGCUUUAAGCCCUCUUAUCCCCAGUCUAGCUGCUCAGCAAUGGAAACCACCCGCUUUAAUGAAAACAGUCUCGCUCGGCUCCCAUUCUAAAACUGUGAAAACGUUCACUGCCAAGUGCUUCGUUUUUUACGGGAUAAAACGUUAGAUUGAAGAUGACCUUUUGCGAGGGGCAACUAAGCCGCAUAGAAUACAUCAGCAUGGGAACUGGUUGAAAAGAACAGGGCUUCAGGUAUUUGAACUACUGCAGUGAUACAUGGUAAUAGUGUGAGUUCAGGCAUGUGUGUUCUUUUCAAAACUUCUGUUGGGAAGUUGUUUGAUUUAAAAUGCUAUGUCAAAAGGUUGUUUUCAUAAAGCCAUACCAAGCGGAUCGUAAACAGAAUGAGGAUUCUAAAGAAUUGUUGUGCAUUAUUUCAUUUCUAAACAAAGACUACUGUAAUUUCUGUUAAUAACAGCAUUUAAAUGUACUGUAGUAGGUCUAGGCCUAGAUGUUUAGUCCUUUCCAUGCUAAAUGCAGUAAAAAAUGCAAUUAUACCAAGAUUUUGGCUACUUUUCAUGUAUUAGAUCUAGCAGGCCUAUAUUCUACCUUCUCCUGCCUUUUGGAACAUCAGACGCACAAAAUAAACUGUGUCAGUUGGCAGGAGCCUCAGACGUUUGGUUUCAGGGGGGAAAAACAUGUACGCCAGGUUAGGAUCCUCUCUCUAUCUGUGUCUCAGGCAGUUUCCCCAUCCCUCCCAUCCCCCCACAGCCCCCCAUAGGAAAACCCAACAAAGCAUGUUGGUCCACAGGGGCCUGGGUAACAUGCACCCAGAGAGUGUGUGUGUGUGUGUGUGUGUGUGUGUGUGUGUGUGUGUGUGUGUGUGUGUGUGUGUAGUCUAUCAGCACACUGGCACCGCGCUGCACACGGCGGGUAUAUUGACAUGAUAAUUGCGCUGACUCCAGUCAAGCGCCGGGCCUAUUGGGGAUUCCAGCUGGUCUUGUAGCGAUUGGAUGGUUGCUCAGGACACGGUUAACACGGCAAAGGAUACAAGGUAGCGCUUGACUCCGAGGAGACCAGGCAUUCGUUUCAAUGUCCCUCCGGGGGGAGGGUGGGGGGGGGGGGGAGCCAGACAAGGCAAAGGGAGGAGAGGGGCCUGGAUUGGGGUGGCGGAACGGGGAGAGGUGGGGGGUUGGUUGGAGGGCUGUUGAAACUAACUGGCCCCGAUCUGUAUUGUUUUGUCUCCUCUCCCCAAACAGUGAGCAGGAGAAAAGAGGUUUGAGCCAGAAUGAAAGAUAUGCUGCUGGAACAGGCUGCUGCUGCAUGGCCCAAUGGGGCAGAGAGAAAGAGAGAGAAAGGGAGGGAGGGAGAAAAAGUUUGCGUAGUGUGUGUGUGCUGAAUAGGAGUCCAGGUUUGAUGUCGUCCUGGUAAUUACCUUAUCUGGAGAGCAGUGAAAUGACACUGGGGUGCUGAUUGACAUACUUCUGGUGCCUGUCUGCCUGCCUGCCAGCGCCCAGGGAGCCCGCUGAGUGUUUGAACACACAACUUUGGGUUAUCUUCUCUUCCUGUGACCUCCUUUUCUUUAAGGCACUCUUUGUUUUCAUUUGGUUGCCUGAUUUCAACUAAAUGAGUUUUAUGCCUAUUGCACAGAUAUUUGCUUGAUAUUGAGUGUUUCUGUGUUUAGUUUUCAAACGGCCAUUUAAUGUAUUUGUCCUUUACCCCAUGACGACAGCAGCAUCAGACAGGACGGGACAUUAUGAGCCUAAAAUAAUGUGCUAUCAUGGGGGUCACAGACUACAUUCAUUUGGCAUAGCAUAUUCAGUUCUCUGAUAACAUUCAAUACUCUGUAAACCUUUGCACUGAAUGGAUUUUCCCGUUUAUUAUACGAAUAAAGUUAUAAUUUCCCCUCAGAUGAGCUUGUUUGCUGUCGUUUGCCAUAUGCUAGAUCCUCUCAGUGGUGGAUCUGUCACCGCCACAUCACCCUAAUGCCUCCAAAUGACACCCAUCAUCAUUACCAGGACCAGAGAGUCGUUGGAGACGAGCUGCUAACGAUGCUUCAGCUCUGGGCCUCGCAGUCACUUCACCGCGCUGCCACUCUCUCUCCAUAGAAAUAGAAUGACACAGAUUAUGUGUUUUAUGUCUCUCUCUUCAUUUCUAUUUGUAUGGUCUCUUCAUGGAAAUAUAAUGACAUAGAUUAACAUUGUCUCUUCAUUUCUAUUUGUAUGGUCUCUUCAUAGAAAUAGAAUGACAUAGAUUAACACUGUCUCUUCAUUUCUAUUUGUAUGGUCUCUUCAUAGAAAUAGAAUGACAUAGAUUAACAUUGUCUCUUCAUUUCUAUUUGUAUGGUCUCUUCAUAGAAAUAGAAUGACAUAGAUUAACAUUAUGUCUCUUCAUUUCUAUUUCUAUGGCUCUCUUCAUAGAAAAACAAUGACAUAUAUAUUAUAUUUAUAUGGCUCUCUCCAUAGAAAUAGAAUGACAUAGAUUAACAUGAUAUUUCUAUGUUUCUCUGUGUCCCCAACAGAGAGAAGUGGAAAGCUGAAGCCAAGGACCGCAAAGUGCUGGAGAUCCUGCAGGCCAAAGACUACAAGAUCCAGGAGCUGGACCAGGUAUUGUUGUUAUGAUAUGUGGAAUGCAUAGUUCGUGAACCAUGUCUGUGUCGUAUCCUGGUAUUUCUAGAGAUAUCUCCCAUAGGAUUUUCUCUGUCGUAUCCUGGUGUCUUUAUAGAGAUAUCUCCCAUAGGAAGUUAUCUUCCAUUUGAUAUGAAGGGAUGCAUUUAAAUUGAAGUCUGUCUGAGUGAGAGUGCACGUCCAGUCUAACCUACAUUCAGUCAGUCCUGUUAUAGAAAAGACCCCUAGGUCUAGGGUUUGUCUGAGGCAAGCCCUAUCACUAGCGCAAGUGCUAACUCUAUACCCACCUAUACCAGUGGCUCAGUAAGUGUGUUCUAUGUGCUGCUAGGACAGUUAAUGAUAACGGUGACGCACUGUAAUUUACCCUUAAUCAUCGUCCCUUAACGGCAGCAUCUGUCAGUUUCUGUCAUUACAUUAGCAACCUUCUCUGUCAGUCUGGCUAAUGCUACGCUAACAUCAUCCCAUCAGAGACGGGCGCUAAUGCUAUCAUCAGCAGCUCUUUAACAGUGUGUCUAUCCUGCCCUCCUCACUCAUCUUAACACUGAUGUAGCUAUGUACAAUUAGCCAGAGCUGUGGAGCGCAAUAGAGGUUACAAAUGAUUUUCUUACCACUGCUCUGUUUGUUCUGAGAAAAAGAGUGCUGGCAGAGAUUUCAAAAUUGUAUCUAAUUCAAAUAACUUUAUCGGUCAAACACUGUCACUGUGAGGGUGAAUGAAGGAAAGGACGCAGGCAGGUUCAUUCAUCUGCUUCGUCAUGUACAUUUGUAAAAAAAAAAACAAAUUGGGGGGUGUCAUUUAGCAGAUGCUCUUAUCCAGAGCGACUUACAGGAGUAUUUCGGAUUAAGUGCCUUCCUCAAGGGCGUAUCGACAUAUUUUUUUACCUAGUCGGCACGAGGAUUUGAGCCAGCGACCUUUUGGUUACUGGCCCAAAUCUUAACCGCUAGGCUACCUUUGAUGACCACCAGACACCGCUCAAGUCUUAAUAGACCUGACAGUAUGUUCCUACUCACUGCAUAAUAUUCCUCAACAUGAUCUUGAUCUAAAGUUCUUUAUAAGAGCAGUAGAAAUUCUGGUUGGUAAAGUUCCGGCCGAUUUGCAAAGCUCAUUAAUAGUCAGGAUUGUGUGCAGUGUCAUACAGACCACUGACAUUCAUCAUCUCGUCCAGAUUUGGGCCAAAGGAACCCAAAUGGUGAUUAAUUGGUUUCCCCCCCUUUACUGUUCUCUAAAUGUGAUGGUCUGCUGAGUCCACACAGGACCUCACGCUAGUCCUCUUAACGUCUCCACUCCAACUUUGACAAUCUUUUUUCCUCUUCUUUAUUUUUUCCUCUCUCGCUUUACCUCUCCUCUCUACCUCUCUUCUCUCUUGCUACUUCUCUCCUCUCUCUACUCUCCUCUCUACCUCUCUUCUCUCUCUCUCCUCUCUUUGUCUCUCUCUUCUCUCCUCUCUUUGUCUCUCUCUUCUCUCCUCUCUUUGUCUCUCUCUUCUCUCCUCUCUUUGUCUCUCUCUCUCUCUACCUCUCUCUUUCUACCUAUCUCUCUCUCUCUACUUCUCUACCUCUCUCUCUCUACCUCUCUCUCUCUACCUCUCUCUACCUCUAUCUCUACUUCUCUCUUUCUCCUCCGCUGUCUUUCGUCUCCACUCCCUUCCAUUUUUGUAACAUAAUUAGCUUUCAUUUUUGAACUGCACUGGGAAUUUUGAAUGCUAAUCUCUCUGUCCUAGACCUCUUAAUUUCCCCUAAACCUAUUUCUUACCAAUCGAACACUACUGGAGUUGAAAUUGUUCUCGCCCACCUCAUUAUCAACGUUUGAAUGUAUUUCCACUUCGCCCGUAUAAAUCUCUAUUAAAGCCUGUUUUUGCAUGGCCAACGAGGACAGGAAGGCGUUGAGUAAAUCCACGAUCUUGGAAAAGAUUUGAGUGAUUCCCCCAACAUGGCAAUUAAUUGCAUCCCAGAGCACAGUGUUAUUUUAGAGCUACCCGCAGCCUGCAGUGGAUUACUGCCAUGCCAGAGCCCAGCUGAUGCAGUGUUUAAAAGGGCAGCGUCCUCCCUCCUACAAUCGCCCAGCUAUAGGCCUGCCAGAAGACUAGCCGGCAGGAAGAUAAAAAAAAAAGAUGGAUCAUUAAAAUUAUGGAACCAUUUUUCAUCGUUUGAUUCCUUUGUUCUAGUUUGUUAGUAAAGAUGAGAAGCAUCGUUUUGAUUAGGCUAUCAUGGUAACUGUAUUGUAAAUGUACAGAGCAGUAGUUCAUUAUUCUAUACAGGCCUAGACCUAUUAGACAGUAUUACAGUGCUCUUAUUCUAUGUAAUUGGCUCGUUGUGUAAUAUUGUAAGUGGUGAGGUUAGCACAUACAGGGGUGUGUGACCUACAGUACAUGAGUUGGCUCAUGUGUACGGAGGUGUACUGAGGCCAGUAUUAUGAAAGUGAGGGCUUGUACAGGGUGAAGGGUCUCCUUCAGCACCUGUUCUGAGAUCAGGGGUUAGAAGGAAGGUGCUGGCCCGGUCACAGGCCUUGUCAAUAUCUGCCAGAUCUGAACCGAACUGACACAGAAGGUGAGUUGGACAGAGUGGUUAGAUGUGGAGUAGAUUAGACCUCACAUGAGAUCAAACUGUGUCCUCCUCACCAGUGGCCAUUUUAUUACAGGGGCUCAUACUGAAUGUCCCCCUCUCUGUCAACUGGAGCCUCUGA